AUGUUCCAGAAUCUACAUGGUAUCACAAGAGGAAAAAUUGAUAUCUUGAUAAAAAAAAAACAAAUAUCACCCACCGGUUUUAUAGAACCUAAUGGAUCUGGAAAACGCCAACCACAUAACGCUAGACCAGAUGAAAAAGCUGAAGCUGUAAAACACAUAGAGUCUUUUCCAAAAUAUGAGAGCCACUAUCCUCGAAGACACACAAGUCGACUCUAUUUAGCUCCCAACUUAAAUAUUAAACUUAUAUAUGAUCUCUAUGUAUCAAACAGAACAAUGCCUGUAUCAUAUUCAUUUUAUGCUAAGAUUUUUAAAGAACUUGGAUAUAAAUUUAAAAAUCCUAGUAUCGAUACAUGUAAGACUUGUGAUUAUCUAGAAAACAAGAAAAAAUCCUCUAAUAGUAAAGAAAUACGUGCAGCCGUAGAUGAAGAGAAAAAUAAACACCUUGAGCUAGCACAGAUUGCCUAUGGUGAAAAAAAAGCAGAUAUGGAGUUCUCCAGAAACAGUAGCGGUAAAUUGGUUGUUUUAGUAUUUGACUUACAACAGAACCUACCAACACCCAAUUUAAGCACAAAUGUAGUCUACUAUAAAAGAGUGCUCUGGACAUAUAACCUCACCAUCAGAAAUUGCACUGAAAAUACCACGUCAUGUUUUAUGUGGCAUGAGGGGUUGUCAGACCGUGUAUCAGAUCAAGUUGCUUCUUGUCUUUUAAAAUACCUUGACAGCUUAGUUGAUGCAGUUGAAAAAGUUGUUCUAUAUUCGGAUUCUUGUCCCGGACAAAACAAAAAUAACAUUGUUGCAGGAGCACUGUCUUUAUUUGUUUAUAGAUCAACAACCAUAAAUGAAAUACAACACAAGUUCCUAGAAGUGGGUCAUACUAGAAUGGAAUGUGAUGCCGACCAUGCAAGAAUUGAGCGUACCAAAAAAUCGUCACAAAUUGAAAUAAGGAUACCUCAUAACUGGUACCAAUAUUUAUCUAAAAGGGAGAUUGUGGAAGAAAUUUGUAAAAUAGAAGAUGGAGAAAGCGAUUCAUCCAUAGAUGGCAGUGUAAGUGAAAUUGAGGACAAUAUUUUAUCGGAUCAUGACUAUGACUUAGAGGAUAUAGACACACCGAUAUUAGUUUUACUCUCGUUUACACCACUAAUUUUGUGCUGUCCAUUCCCCUGCAUCUGCCGCUGGAAAAACGGGAAACAAACCGCAGAAUGUGUCAAUAAAGACCUUUUAGUUAUCCCGGAAUCCCUGGACGCCGACACUCAAGUCCUUGAAUUCUCCGGAAACAAUUUAAGGACACUGCACCGAGAGAAAUUCCUGAAAUUAGAUCUGAUAAAUUUACAAAGGAUCCAUUUAAGUAGAUGUAGAAUCAGUGUAAUAAACGGUCAAACCUUUAAGGGUCUUACGAAUCUCGUAGAGCUUGAUUUGUCGGAGAAUUUACUUGAGACGGUCCCCACAGAGUCAUUUAAAGACUGUCCUUCGUUAAUGAGACUAUCGUUGAGUAGAAAUCCUAUAAAAGAACUCGACCAAAAUGCUUUCAAAUACUUAUCGUUUCUAAAUAUGUUAGAAUUAAGCAAUUGCGAUAUAUGGAAGGUACAUACACAUGCUUUUGAAGGGUUGUAUAGUUUAGAAUGGCUACAUUUAGAGUCAAAUAAAAUGCGAUUAUUUCCGGCCCAUAUUCCUGCUAGUUUAAAAGGAAUACAACUUCAAGGCAAUCCAUGGGAAUGUGACUGUAAUUUGCAAGAUUUUCACAAAUUUCUAUUAACAUUUUCUUACCCUCUUUCUAAUGAGCCGAUUUGUAAAAUACCGCAUUCGUUAGCGGGUAGAAAAAUUAAAACGCUUUCCAAGAAUGAGCUCGCCUGUCUUCCAGAAGUUUCUCCUACUCAAUUCUAUCUAGAAAUCGAUGAAGGAAGGAACAUUUCCUUAGUGUGCCAAGUGCAUGCUAUUCCAGAAGCAGCCGUUAAUUGGUAUUUUGAGGGCCAGUUACUGCAGAACGACACCUUUCUCUCGCCAGAACUCCACUUACUUUAUUACGUCGAGCAAGGGCGAGAGGAUAAACGUAGUGAGUUGUUCAUAUACAAUGCAAACUCCGGAGAUUCUGGAACGUUUAUAUGCAAUGCUGAAAAUUCUGCGGGAGUUUCGAACGCCAACUUUACUAUAAGAGUUUUAUUAAAACAGGGACCGAGACAGGAGGUAGAAGAGAUGCCACUCGAAUUCGUUUUUAUUGUUAUAUCGGCUACAGUGGCUUCUGUCUUACUUUUAUUAGCUAUCGGCACUAUCUCCGUAUUGAAAUGUCGGAAAAAUUCCCGAUUAAGGAGAAAAAGGCACGAUUCCAAAGUAGCUUUAGGCAAUUCGACCGGAGAUACAAUUUCUAGAGAAAGUUCAGAUACUUUAACGCAAAACAAAUCCUCUAAUUUCAAACUGGUGAAUUACGACGAACUAAAAAUCUCACAUGUUCACAACGACGAAGAUAUUGCUUUCGUGACUAAUAAGGUACCAAAGUGUUAUCCGGAUCAGAAUCCAGAUAUAAUAAACGGGACAGAAAUUAUAGAAAAUAGUGAGUACUCAGUGAUGUUGCGGAGACAGCAUUCGGUAGUGAGAAGUGUGGAGUUCGAUUAUAUGACGAACCAGCGUGCUAGUGAUUGUAAUAUGUUUUUUAUGCACGGUGAUGUUAUGCUUAAGCCAGUGGACUGCUAUAGGACUUUACCCAAUAAAAAGAGAACUGCUGCUACUACAGUUGAUAUUUAUGAGCUGCAGCCACAGUCAGAUUCAGAAUUCAGUCUAUUUGAUGGAUCACAUAAAGAUAGUGAACAUGCUACCAAAGAAAACGAAACUAUUGCUAAUAAUAUACCAAAGGAUAAAAAUGAAGCCUUGAUUAUCGAAGAAGGCGAAACAACACCACGAAAUUAUGCACUGCACAAUAUAACAGGAAUGCAAGGUUUCCUCAGCGAGUUAAGAAAGUAG